AUGGUUUUAGAGGCGACCGUGCUGAUAGUGGAUAAUUCUGAGUAUUCCAGAAAUGGAGAUUUCCCUAGAACGCGAUUUGAAGCGCAAAUUGAUGCAGUAGAGUUUUUGUUUCAGGCCAAACGUAAUAGUAAUCCUGAGAACUCCGUGGGGCUGAUCUCAUCCGCGGGCAACAACCCACAGGUUCUAUCUACUUUCACGCCCGAAUUCGGUAAAAUUCUCGCCGGUUUGCACGAAACUACCAUAGGAGGAGAAACAAGGUUAAGCACAGCAAUUCAGAUUGCGGCUUUAACAUUGAAACACCGUCAGAAUAAAGUUCAACAUCAGCGUAUUAUAGCGUUCGUGUGCAGUCCACUGCAAGAAGAUAGAGAAGAACUUAUGAGAUUGGCGAAAAAACUGAAAAAGAACAAGAUCGCUGUGGAUGUAGUCAAUUUUGGCGAAAUCGAAAGUAACACGGCCAUUUUGGACGAAUUCAUUCAAACUGUCAACAAUCCACAAGAAGAAGGCAGUCAUAUUGCCACCAUUUCGCCGGGACCUAGACUCUUAUAUGAACACAUCGCUGCUUCCAGUAUAGUGCUCGAAGAAGGAGCUGAACCAGGUUUUGGCGGCAUGGGAGGCGCAGGAAUGGGCGGAGGUCAAGAUUUCAUGGACUUUGGUGUAGAUCCCUCCAUGGAUCCGGAGCUUGCACUCGCGUUGCGUUUAUCUAUGGAAGAAGAACAAACAAGACAGCAGAGGCUAAGACAGGAAGAAGGAAACGACACGAAAAACGAGAGUUCUUCCACUCAAUGA